UCAAGCAGGUUCCCUGCUGAGUGCGGAGCAGACCCAGGGCUCCAUUCUAGGACCCAUGAGAUCAUGACCUGAGCCAAAACCAAGAGUCAGUCUCUCAACCAACUGUGCCCCCCAGAUGCCGCAAGGUGGCUGCCCCUUCUAAACAGGGCAGGCAGUCUCCGUUUUGCCACAAUCCCCAACACUCCCGGCUACAGUGGUUCUGAAUCAAUAAAUCCGGAGACGUGCAUCUCUACCGAGUUCCCAGCUGAGGCUGAUGCUCUGAUGCUGCUGGUCAGGGACCACACUUUGAGAACCUCUGCCUAAUUGUAUCUUGGGCACAAAAGAAGGGAAUCAGUUGCCCUUUCUCAUCAAGCUCAUACUCUGAUUUUUCUUAUACCUGGCACAUUUCCUGCAUUUAAUGCUACCUUCCUGGCCCUGGGGGAAUUUGGAUUUGCAAUUUCUGGUAUAAUCAGUAUCGGAAGGCUGGAUCUAAAGGUCCCAAGAGAGAUGGGCCAGCGAGAAAUCAAUUUGGGAGUGACUGAGGCUCAGCCUAAAGCAGGCCUUCGGUCGCUGAAGCUGUGGGUGUGUGUGAGCUCACCGUCAGGGAGAGUGUGCAGGGAGAGAUGGGACAUGAAUGAACAACAGAACAUCACGGGGGCACUGCCCACAUCCCAUCUUCCCCCCGUGUUAAAGAAAGGGUAAAAGGAUAGCAACCAUUCAAGAAAGAGGCUGGAAGGAACUUUCAAAAAGGUGGGGGGAAGCUGAGAGUUGCCGACGGGGCGUUCUUAGCCUUAAUAUUAGAGAGAGGAUUGUGGGCACACAUCGGAGGCCCUAGCUUAAAUAGUUAAACAGCAAGUUGUAGGUGAGCGCCCGGUCUGGGGAGGACAGGAAGCAGGUGUCCUGUUACCCUUGCCCACAGCAUGCCAGGUAACCUGCUGUUGCUCCAAGGCAUAGCUUGUUGUGGCAAUCGUCUCCGAGGCUCAGUGAGUCGGUUGCAGCUUGGAGCUGAGCAUGGCCCUGUCUCAGCUCCUGUGCCUGCUGCCGUGGCCUUGGUGGCGCCCUCCCUCGGUGGUCAGCCCAGGGCUUCCUCAGCCCAUGCAGUCCCCGGCUACCCCUGCUGAAGGCCUCAGUGGCGCCCUCUUUGGGGCCUACCCACUCCCUACCUUCAAGUUCCAGCCUCGCUCCGAGAGCGUGGACUGGAGGCGCAUUAGUGCCCUGGACAUGGACCGCGUGGCACGGGAGCUGGACGUGGCCACCCUGCAGGAGAACAUCGCUGGGGUCACCUUCUGCAACUUGGACCGGGAGGUGUGCAGCCGCUGUGGGCAGCCUGUGGACCCGGUCCUGCUCAAGGUGCUGCGCUUGGCCCAGCUCAUCAUCGAGUACCUGCUGCACUGCCAGGAUUGCUUGAGUGCCAGCGUCGCCCAGCUGGAGGCACGGCUUCAGGCCAGCCUGGGCCAGCAGCAGCGUGGCCAGCAGGAGCUGGGUCGCCAGGCUGACGAGCUCAAGGGCGUGAGAGAGGAGAGCCGCAGGCGUCGCAAGAUGAUCAGCACCUUGCAGCAGCUGCUCCUGCAGACGGGGGCCCACAGCUACCAUGCGUGCCACCUGUGUGACAAGACAUUCAUGAAUGCCACCUUCCUCCGGGGCCACAUCCAGCGCAGGCACGCGGGUGCGGCAGAAGGCGGGAUGCGGAAGCAGCAGGAACAGCCAGUGGAGGAGAUGUUGGAAGAGCUGCGGGCCAAGCUAAAAUGGACCCAAGGGGAGCUGGAAGCCCAGAGGGAGGCGGAGAGGCAGCGGCAGCUGCAGGAAGCAGAGAUCACCCGUCAGAAGGAAAUAGAAGCUAAGAAUGAAUUUGAUGAAUGGAAAGAAAAAGAGCGGGCCAAGCUAUAUGAGGAAAUAGACAAGUUAAAAAAAUUAUUUUGGGAUGAAUUUAAAAGUGUCGCCAACCAUAACUCUGCGCUAGAAGAGAAGCUGCAGGCGCUGCGGUCCCACAGUGUGGCGGAGUCCAAUCUCGGGUCGCUGCAGGAUGAGGAGUCCGAGGAGCGGCUCAGGCAGACUCAGGAGCUCCGGGUCCUGAGGGAGAAGAUGGACACGCAGAAAGCAGAGUGGAAGAGAAAAAUGAGAGAACUUCAGGGAGAGCAUGCAGCUCAGAAGCGAGAGCUGCAGGAGCAGAAUGAGAGGCUCCAGGCCUCCCUGUCUCAGGACCAGAGGAAAGCAGCUGCCCAGUCCCAGCGCCAGAUCAGUGCUCUCCGCGCCCAGCUCCAGGAACAAGCCAGGCUCAUCGCCUCCCAGGAGGAGAUGAUCCGGACCAUGUCUCUCAGGAAGGAGGAGGGGACCUGCAAGGGUCCGAAGACUGUGGACACAGAAGAGGACUCUUCCGAGGAAGAUCUGGAGGACUCCCGAGAUGGACAGCAGAUGGUGCUGGCCGCUCUGAGGCGAAACCCCACCCUGCUGAAGCAGUUCAGGCCAAUCCUGGAGGACACCCUGGAAGAGAAACUGGAAAGCAUGGGCAUAAAGAGAGAUGCAAAGGGAAUCCCCUUUCAAACUCUCAGACACCUUGAGUCCCUCCUGAGAACCCAGCGGGAGCAGAAGGCACGGAGGUUUUCUGAAUUUCUGAGUCUGAGGGAAAAGCUUGUCAAGGAAGCCACCAGCAGAGUGAAGGAGAGACAGAGAAACAGGGCCCUGGCGUCCCAGCCAGACACCGAGGCUCCAGUCAAAAGCCAGCAGAACCCAUUGGUCAUCAAAGAGGCCCAGCCAAAGUCCAGGACCCUGCAUGUGGCAUUGCCGUCCAAGCUGGCAGAGCCACCCACGGCGACUGUUCAGAGCCGCGGCAGCCAUGGCCCUGGCCUGGCUCAUGGGCCCACCCCUACUCCACGUUCCAGAGCGCAGGGACCCUCCGGCACCCCUGCUUCUCCAGGGCCUGGUCUAAGUACACCCCCAUUCAGUUCUGAAGAGGACUCGGAGGAGGGAAAUUCGGUGCAGCGGACAUCUCUCCAGCCCCCACGUGGUCCUUCCAGGAUGGGGCCCCAGCCAGAGGAUGACUGGGACUGGUCUGACACUGAGACCUCGGAGGGGAGUGCCCAGCCCCCUGACAAGGCCUCAGGUGGGCUGGCUUCCUCAGGAACACUGGUGCAGUCGCUGGUCAAAAACCUCGAGAAACAGCUGGAGGCUCCAGUGAAGAAGCCUGCUGGAGGGGUCAGUCUGUUCCUGAUGCCCAACACGGGGCCCCAGAGGGCGGCCGAGCCAGGAAGGAAGCCUCAGCUUUCUGAUGAUGAGAGUGACUUGGAGAUCUCUUCCUUGGAAGAUCUCCCCCAGGACCUGGGCCAGAGAGAAAAACCGAAGCCCUUGUCUCGUUCAAAGCCAUUGGAGAAGUUUGGCACCAGCCCUUGGAGCCCUAGCCGACCCACGGUUCCUGGUUGGUGACCCUGUUCCAGAGCCUGGCUGAGGCCAGCUCAGGGGUCCCCUAACAGAAGAGGCUGCUGGGCCUCUUGUCUUCGCCAGUAACCAAGAGAUCUUCUCCUUUGGAAAGAAGCAGAGCAGAAGAUGGAUGUAAUUUCUCCCCUCCCGCCUGUGAGGGGUCCUGCACCAGACCACCAGCGGUGCCUGGCUGGGUGCCCCUGGGUCCCCUGGCUUGAGAAAGGGUUGUAUGAGCAGUCCCCUUUCCCCACCUCCAUGUUCAGUCCAGCCUGAAGGAGCCCCCAAUCUUUAUUCUCUGGCAUUUGGUACAUCUGUGGGAACAGUGUGUAGAUGUCUUCCCUUACAUGGUGUCUUUUUGGGGACACACGCCUCAGUCAGUCAUUCAGUGGUUGAUCCAAAGUCAUUUGCUGAGUGCUUGCUCUGUGCCAGCCUCUCCCUGCCGAAUCGGGGUGCUGUUAGAGGUGACUGGGGCGGAAGUACAGGGGAGUAAUCAGUGACAGCGAUUAGGGUGUUAUGGGAGCAUAGCCUGGGCCACCCAGAGCAGUCAGGGGCGAUUUUGGAGAGUCUCAGAGCCUCCCUCAGGGGCAGGAGGGAAGGAGAGCCACCUGGCAGGGGCCUCGAGCUCAAAGGACCACAAAUUUAAUUUUUGAUAUUAUCUCCAAAAUUAGGUUAUAUAUGCUACCACUGUAUUUUUUUAAUGUGAAAAGCUUAACUUAUUAUAUGUGAACGUUUAAAUAUAGCACAAUGUCAUAACUCACGUGUAUUCAUUAUUUUUGGAGCUUCAGCAGGGGCACAGUGGGGUGAAGCGAGCGCACCCCUUUUGUGACAGGUGAGGUCCUUUGGGAUGCAGUUGCCAAGAUGGAGUGAAGGGUGCCAGAGGUUUGUUGGGCUGAA